CUCGCUGUACACUGAGCUCGUCAACGAUGGGUGCAUUGCUGUCCAUACCACUCGCAGGCGGUCUUAUGACGGUAGGGACGUCAUGCCUUGCAGGGCUGGCCUUCUGCUUCACGUCGACCGCAGCUUCAAUGUUCUGUAAAUCAUGCAACUGCAACUCGUCCAUUGCAACACGUAUUGGAUUUGCACUCAUCUUCCUCGUCAACUCCAUGCUCGCGUGGGCAAUGAAAUCACGCUUCGCAAUCAACCUGAUUGAGAAAUGGAGCUAUGACUACAUUAAGAUGGAUUGUGAAGAUGGGAAAUGUUACGGUGUCCUUGCAGUGCAUCGUAUUUGUUUCGCCUUGUCACUAUUCCAUGUCUUGCUAGGCCUUUCUCUAAUUGGUGUGAAGCACACACGGGACAAGCGAGCAGCCAUUCAGAACGGUUGGUGGGGUCCAAAGGUGCUGGUCUGGCUGGUCCUGGUCAUCGUGUCUUUCUUUAUUCCCAAUGGUUUCUUCAUGGUCUGGGGAAACUACAUAUCCAUGAUCGGCGCAACGUUUUUCAUACUGUUAGGUCUCGUCCUUCUUGUCGACUUCGCUCACUCCUGGUCGGAGACCUGUCUAGAGAACUGGGAGAACUCGCACAAUUCUAACCUCUGGCAAUGGAUUCUCAUCGGUUCCACGGCUGGGAUGUAUGCCGCCACCAUCGCAUUGACCGGUGUCCUCUAUGCCUUCUUCGCGGGCUCCUCAUGCACGCUUAACCGGUUCUUCAUCACUUUCAACUUCGUUCUGUGUAUCAUUAUCACGGCCCUUUGUGUCCAUCCGGCUAUCCAGGAAGCGAACCCACGAUCUGGACUCGCACAAAGCAGCAUGGUUGCAGCUUAUUGUACAUAUCUCAUCAUGUCGGCUGUCGGGAACCAUAUGCACGCGGAGUGUAACCCGUUGCACAAGGGUUCUCUGGCUGGCACACGGACGACUACAGUUGUGCUGGGUGCCGUCUUCACGUUCCUUGCCAUCGCAUAUUCUACGAGUCGGGCAGCGACUCAGAGUCGAGCACUUGUCGGGAAUAAGAAAGCUGAAGGAGGUGUCGCAUUACCAAUCGACGAUGGCUCGUUGGGUGACCAUGGUCUCGUCACUUCGCAACCAAGCAAGAUAGACAACCCGAGGUAUCAGGCUUUACUCGCUGCUGUUGAAGCAGGAGCAAUACCGGCGUCUGCUCUGAAUGAAGAUGAAGAUGAAGAUGAAGACGAGGGAGUAUCUGGAGACGACAACGAUGAUGAGAAGUCGGGAACUCGCUAUAAUUAUGCAUGGUUCCACUUCAUUUUUGCCAUGGGCGCUAUGUAUGUUGCGAUGUUGUUGACAGACUGGAAUGUUGUAAAGACGUCCCCGGUGGACGGGUCGACUGAUCCUAGUUCCGAGGAUGACGUCUACAUUGGCCGCUCUGAGGUAGCCAUGUGGAUGCGCGUAGUCUCCAGUUGGGUUUGCAUGAUCCUGUAUAUUUGGAGCUUGCUUGCCCCCGUCCUCAUGCCUGAUCGGUUCGGUGAUUUGUAGGGCGAAGGGUUGGGCGUAGAUUAGUCCUGUGUGUUCUAUGUACAACGUUUUUAAAUUUUCACUCGGCGCCAUACAAAUCCGCUUUCCAGU